AGAAGAUCUGAUCACCUGGAUUAAAGUUGGUUCAGAAGCCUUUUCAACUACAAAAAUGUUGGAGGAAGAUAUGGAAGUGGCCAUCAAGAUGGUGGUUGUAGGGAAUGGAGCAGUUGGAAAAUCAAGUAUGAUUCAGCGAUAUUGCAAAGGCAUUUUUACAAAAGACUACAAGAAAACCAUUGGAGUUGAUUUUUUGGAGCGACAGAUCCAAGUUAAUGAUGAAGAUGUCAGACUGAUGUUGUGGGAUACAGCAGGUCAAGAGGAAUUUGAUGCAAUAACAAAGGCCUACUAUCGAGGAGCCCAGGCUUGUGUGCUCGUAUUUUCUACCACAGAUAGGGAAUCUUUUGAAGCAAUUUCCAGUUGGAGAGAGAAAGUAGUAGCUGAAGUUGGAGACAUACCAACUGUACUUGUGCAAAACAAGAUUGACCUCUUGGACGAUUCUUGUAUAAAGAAUGAGGAAGCUGAGGCACUGGCAAAAAAGUUGAAGCUAAGAUUCUACAGAACAUCAGUGAAAGAAGAUCUGAAUGUGACUGAAGUUUUUAAAUAUUUGGCUGAAAAAUAUCUUCAGAAACUCAAACAGCAAAUAGCUGAGGAUCCAGAAUUAAUGCAUUCAAGUAGUAACAAAAUUGGUGUCUUUAAUACAUCUAUUGGAAGUCACUCGGGUCAAAAUUCAAGUACCCUUAAUGGUGGAGAUGUCAUCAAUCUUAGACCCAACAAACAGAGGACCAAGAAAAACAGAAAUCCUUUUAGCAGCUGUAACAUACCCUAAAACAUUUUAGGGAGGAAAAAAAUUGAAUUAUAUUGUGCAAUUCAGUAAGAAAUACACCCAGCUGUCAUGGUAUGUUACAAGUUUUUUUUUUUUUUUUUUUUUAGCAGACUUUGCACCUAAUGGCUCUGUGAAAGUUGACAGACUUAAAUAUUGUUCUGCAGUGCUUUUCAGAUGGAGUGAGAUCUUUGGUGGAAAAAUUACUGCCUUGUGGACUCAUUUUAAUUUUUUUACAUCAGACGAAGCUUCUCCUGUUUUUGAAGGAAUGCUAUAAGAAAUGUCAAAAACAGGUUUUGCUGAAUUUUAAGUGCUGGAAAACAUAAAUGGAAUGCCUGAAUAUAUUGGUGCAGAUUUUAAUAUUAUUGGUCCAUGAAAGAUAGCAAGCAUGGUAUGUCUGAAAUUGGUCAUAUAGCUUUUCUGGAAAGUAGUAUUGAAUCCAAAUACAUACAAAAAGAUAAUAUUGAAAGGCAAUAUCUGUAUGAUGUAGAAUGUGGAGGUCUGCAUGCAGAUAUCUGGUACUGAAGUAUACUGAAGGGAUGUUCAGUAUAUAAGGAAACACAGAAUCUAAUUCAUUCAUUCAUAAAAUCAUUUACACAUUGUGUGUAUGUUAAAAGUUUUUAUUUUCAAGUAAGAAAUUUCAGACAUAUAUUUUGCAAAAUGAGCUCAGAUUUUAAAAGUGCUUUGUGCCAAAAAUAUCAUACCUAAUUUUUACAGUGCUUUACUAUCAGAAUUUAUAUUGUUUAUAAUAUCUUUAAAAAGCAGUUUUCCUCUCUGACAGGGUAGAUAAAAGAGGGGUAUAAACGUUUUAAUGCUAGAGUAUCUCCCAGGUGAGACUUGUUGCAAAUUCUUUCUCCCAUGUGCACCCAUGAGCAUGGGGAGCUGUGCCGGCUGAGCCCUUCCAAAGGUCCAGCGCCCCUGCGGUCGUUCGUGGGGUCCUGUGAAGUGUGCUGGUGCACCUGGCACCUUUUGCUGCUGACUGAAAAUGCAAUUUUGAACUUGUAAGAUUAUGCUAAUGAUUUUUUUAAAUGCAG